AUGGCUAAAUUCAAUAAGAGGGCUUCCAAGAUUGGCUAUGGGAUUCACCAAACGUCUCAGAAGCUCGCUAAGCUCGCGAAGUUGGCUAAAAGGACUUCGGUUUUUGACGACCCCACCAUGAAAAUCCAAGAGCUUACCAGUGUUAUUAAGCAAGAUAUUACUGCUCUAAACUCUACUGUUGUGGAUCUUCAGUUACUUUGCAACUCUACAAAUGAGAGUGGGAACGCUUCUACAGACACAACUAGCCAUUCAACCACGGAUGUGGAUGACCUAAAGACCCGAUUAAUGAACACCACCAAAGAGUUUAAAGAUGUUCUCACCAUGCGAACCGAGAACUUGAAGGUACACGACAAUAGAAGACAAUUGUUUUCGUCCUCUGCCUCUAAGGAAUCUGCAAAUCCCUUCGUCCGUCAACAUCCUUUGGCAACAAAGUCGGCUGCUGCUACAUCUAAUGCCCCUGCACCACCAUGGGCUAGUGGGUCUCCAUCUUCAUCUCAGUUGUUUCCUAAGAAGGAUCUGGAUGGAGAGAGUCAACCGUUGCUGCAACAACAGCAACAGCAGGUAGUUCCAUUGCAAGACAGUUACAUGCAAAGCAGAGCUGAGGCUCUUAGGAAUGUUGAGUCCACUAUUCAUGAGCUAAGCAACAUCUUUAAUCAGCUAGCAACACUUGUUUCCCAACAAGGAGAGAUUGCCAUCAGGAUUGAUGAAAACAUGGGUGAUACAUUGGCAAAGGUAGAGGGGGCACAAGGGGCUUUGUUGAAGUAUCUGAACAGCAUAUCUUCUAAUAGGUGGCUGAUGAUCAAGAUUUUCUUUGUAUUAAUAUUUUUCCUUAUGGUUUUCUUAUUUUUUGUGGCUUAGUCAUUCGAGUAACAGAGAUCGAGGACACAAAUGACGGCCUUGUUACCGGUGAUAAGCCCUCUGUAGUUCAUUAAUAUUUAUUUCUCCAAGUAUAUAUUCGUCCCAGUAGAGUUUAGCUUA